CCUCAUGGAGAUCAAUAUGAUUAUGACCAAUAUGGGCCUACGUACGACUACCAGCCUAAUCCAUAUGAGGAAGAGCUUCGAGAGGCCGAGAAUAGGAGAGAAGAACUUGAUGAGGAAUUAAUGAAUGCAGAUCCAUCCUAUCAACCCCCUCCCCUCCACAAUUAUAAUGACCACUCUGUUGCAUUCAAGCUUGAAUGGAACAAGAGGGCCAUUGAGUGGAGAUUUAACCGAAUUGCCCAACUCCGAGAAGAAAGAGCUCAACGUGAAAGGGAUGCGAAGGAAUUUGACGAUAAAGAAAAUGAGGUCAGGGAAUUUGAUCGAUUAUUAGCGAUGCACAACGUAUUUUUCAUGUCCCCUGCGUAUGAUCGGUAUGAUGAAUUGUCUCCUGAGUUUUGGAGGAAACACAUGGAGCAACAUAUUCGUAUUCGAUCAGACAAACUCAAUUUCUUAGAAGAACAAGCAGAAUAUGACCUUCGCGCCCAAGAAGAGUUGGAGCAAUCAAGAGAAUGGGAGCCGCAUCAAGUUGAUCAAGAAGAGAUUAACCUAGACCCUAUUCUCGAAGAUUCACAAGAACCUGCGCCAGCACAGGAACCUGAGUAUAGCAUGACCCAGCAGUUGCUCACUCAGGCUAUUGUGAUGGAAUUACCUGAAUGCCCUCCUAGCGGCAAGAUGGACGCUGCUUGGAUGAUACCACAUGGUGAUCAACGCACGUUGCGCGACUUGGACGCUCUACCAUUCACCUUCGAUGAAGCCAGAAAGAAGUUCUUGAUCUGGGGAAAUCAGAAGUCACUCCAGCCCCCGUUGGUGUUAGACCCCGUGACCCUGAUUGAGAGUGGGCACUGGAAGAAAUUGACAAGUUUCUCUAUGAUCCAAAGUGGAGAACGGUUUCAGCUCUCAGUGGCAGAUUUAGGUUGGCUGAUUGGCUUGUACACCGUGGACGAGACGAGGACAGAGGAGUUUGCCCGCCUUCCAGACACUUUGGAUCCCGCGUUCAAUGCUAAGAAAUUCUUGCAAGCAAAUGGCCGGGCGAUGUACGUUCCGGUGAACGUGGCAACAUUGGUAGCACGAUUCUUGUUUGGGCAGUCCGUCACGGAGGACCAAGGCAUUUUGUGCGGACCCCUGGUGACCCUGCUGGCCCAAGGAUUAAAGAUGCAAGUUGCCAAUGUAAUUCCCGAGCCUCUCAGCGUCUUCCGUACUCAUGUGGGCUACCUAGUGCAGAUCGCAUACGGCAAGAAGGACGAAGAGGAGCGCCCCAAGAAGCAGAGGACCAUUCCGAUGACACUCCGUGAGCUCUCACAGGCCAUUUUUGCUUUUCAAGGCUCGGUGGAAUCCCGCCUGGGGAAGAUUGAGGUCAUGGUCGAGACGCAACAAUGGCAGGUUGAGGAGAUAAUGGACUUCGUCGUGGAGCAGAGGGUGAGGAAGGAGCAAAAGGCCAAGCUCAAAGAGGACGCGAAGACAAAGAAGCAUCAGGGACAAUUCCCGGUCAAAUACGGAAAUGUGAAAACUCCGGCGAAGAUCCAAAGCCAUUUGCACCCGAACAGAAGGACUCUGUUCUCAGAACUACUUUCUAAAGAUACAGAAAACCUUCCUGGAAACAACCAUGGCAUCUUCAACGGUGCUCCAUCCAUCUCUUUCUCCUCUAAAGAAGAACAAAAGCUUGCAAAACCACUUUCCCUUGGACUUGUGGGGCGUUGGAGUAGUAGAGCCAAGCUACAUGAAUUGGAGGCAUUCCUUAUUAAAGGUGGUUAUAGUGAAUUCAAGAUGAGAAGGCUGCAAAAGAAUGACAUCCUCUUCCUCUUCAAACGGGAAGGAGAUUACUUGCAUUGGUUCUCCCGGCGACGUUGGAUUGUCAAUGGCAUCAUCAUUUCCAUCUCCAAACGGUCCCCAAACUACUCCCCAACCCGUGGCUCUCCCAUUGCUCCGAUAUGGAUCAAGCUAGAGCACUUACCUGUUCAUCUCAAUGACCAUGGUGCUCUUUUUCAAAUAGCCUCCCUCUUUGGCAAGCCCAUUAAACUUGAUUCCAACACGGUGAUUGGUGUCUUCCCUGAACAACCUAGGUUCUGUGUUGAAAGAGACACCUCCUUGCAAUUACCCUCCCGUGUUCACAUUCGUUUGGGUUGCAAGGAUCUCUGGAUCCCCUAUAAGUUUGAAAAUCCUCCAUAUUUCUGCUCUACUUGUUACACUUUCGGGCAUACCGUCAACAACUUCCGGAAGCAUAAACUUUUGAGCCUCACCGGGAAAGCUCCGGCCGGUGAGGUGGGCCACAUGGGAGCGGGUAAUAAGGAGGAUUCUGCAGGCUGGACAUGGGUAAAAGCAAAACGACGAGGCAAGCAAGUCCCAAAUUUGGGUAGGGAGGGAUGUACUGCGGGGCCUAAUCAUUCCCCUUUCAAAAACUUAGUCCAACAGCAUGUGGACAACUCUAGGACUGGCAUCCCUCUUCCAUAUGUCCCCCCUGUUUUUCACAGCUCUUUGAAUCAACCAAGCACGUCUAAACAAGUAAAGUCACACUGGUCUCUCCUCAUGCCCAUAAUUGAAGAUGUGAAUGAUUAUGAGGCCCUUUCCACACCAUCUCCUUCCCAUAAACACAAUUCAGUCCCACUGCCCCCACAUCACACUGAUGACAGAUUAGCCUUGGUCCCCUUCUCUUCUGCUCCAGGAGUUCCUUCCCUUGCCUCUAAUCUUUUCAGUAAAGAUGACUACUGGGUUAGCAAACCUUCCCUUGCCUCCUCAAUGUGCGUGAAUAUUGGGAACCUUGACAAAGAUGAAGAAAUCUCCACCUUGUACUGCCACUUCGAAGGGAAUGAAGGGGAUAUGCCUUUCGAUUGCUCUGAGCUCCGUCCCUUCCAGGUGGACAUUUCCUCUUCCAGCGCCACCCCCAUGCCUUGCAAAAAGUACCUCAAAAACUCCAAAGAUUAUACUCCUCAUGCUAUGGAGACAAGGAGGGGGUCAAGAAAGGGGACCCCUUUUCACCUCUUCGCCUUGGUGAUGGACGUCUUAACCCAAGGUGUUCAAGAAGGGGUCCCAUGGUGCAUGCUUUUCGCGGAUGAUAUUGUGCUUAUCGACGACACACAUGUGGUGCUUCAGCAAAGACGUGCGCCCCUGCUCUUAUCUUCGGUCGGAUUCCGCAGCGUGGUUCUUCCGGAUCAUGGGUUCUAUCCGUCCGCUGGCUGUUUCUCUUCCACUACCGCACAACGGCAGCGAGCAUCUCCAUCUUUGAUAAAAAAAAAUAGAAGGGGCGGGCUGCGUGAAAUAGCCUCGACCAAGGUUGAAGAUAAGGAAUUGGUUUGGAUGAGCAAUGCUCACUUUGUGUUCGACGAAAUGACUCAAAAGAUGUAGCCACAUCUGAAAAACCUGGUGAAACCUGGUGAUGGAAUUUAGUAAAUUCGCCUAGAAGAUGUAUUGGGCAGUGGUGUUCUUGGGUUUUUACAGCGAGCUGAAGGAGUGAUGGGUAGCAGUUCUCAUAUUGAUUCAGAACGACAAAGCGGGCUUUCAGUUGAAGAGAAUGGUUUGUUUUGUUGUUCCCUCUUUUUCUUUGUGUUUUUAAAAAUGUAAGGACAAACAAACGGCAAGAACUACAUUUGAUGCUACUCCUGAUGGAAUGAGCAUAGGGCAAAACACUCCACCAAAAAUGGAAGCUGGAAGGAGAAAACUCAUCAUUUGAAUCCAGAGAUUGAAGAUGACGAUGAUCUGGAUUGGGAAGAUGGUCAAUUCCUAAUCCAAAUUCAGAAAAUAAUGGAGCAAGGGUUGAAUUUGAAGUUCCUGAAGAUGCUUCCAAGCAUCGCAAGACUGCGCGUCAUGCCACUGCUGAAGAAGAGGUUGAUUAAAAUACUAUUCUCUUAGCACCCAGUCACUCACUUGGUGUCGUUCGAGUAUUGGUAACUUUAAUAUGGUCAAUGUCAGGAUUUGGCUGAGCUCAUGCAUACGAUUCAUUUGCUUUGUUUGUUUGGGAGGGGGGGUUACUCUGUUUAUUCAGGUUUUUAGCUUUACUGCUUGCAAUUUGCAUAAUCAGGGUUUGACCUUUCUUUAUGCCAUAGCAUAGUAUUUACCUUUCGAAGUAAACCAUUUGGUUAACGGCCUAAUGGUAAGAAAAAAGUCUAGUACAUUAUCAUUGUUAUGGUUUCGGUAGAAUCUUCAAAAAAAAUAAUCUAGCCACAAUCCU